AUGUCUCAAGAACCCAGAAUCCCCGACGUCUACGGUCCCGGCACCCACACCGACCGCACAUUCGUCCCAGUUCCCCAAGACACAGACCGCAUCUUCCGACUUAUCGCCUCUCAAACCCCUGGCUUCACACAAGAUGAAUCCCUUCUCUCCAAAGUAAACUUCGAGGGCGAGGACUUCCCCGUCAUCUCAGGCCCUAUCAAAGCCGUCUCAGUCGCAGCCGCACUACACGCCAUGUGCGGUGUCGUGGCCGACGAGAUUCUCACCCUCCGCGGCGCUGAGAACAAAGACCGCAACAUCACAGUCAACACUACACAUACUGGCUUCUGGUUCGGUAAUGUCGCUACUGCGUACGUCGAUGGAAAAGAUGUAGUUGCGCUGUCUAAAUCAGGAGAGAUGAAGAAGCUUCUGCCUAACUGGGAGCACGGCUGGGUCGACACUCCUCUCAAGUACCGCACCACUGGUCUUUAUCCUACUUCUGACCCUGAAGUAUGGUACUCGCUUCACGGCUCCAUGAACGCCGAACCAGUCCUCAAGUCCAUUGGCGUGAACCCUUCCGAGGCCCUUUCCUCCAACGAAGAGGCUGCUGCUCACAUCGCAAAGUUCACAAGCAAGCUCUCGCCUGAAAAGCUUGAAUUCACCAACCUGAUUAACGGCAACUGCGGUAGUGUAGUCUUCACACCAAAGCAGUGGAAUGAGAGUGAGAUGGGCAAGUCACUCGCCGCUCACCCUCUUGUCAACGUCAAGGCGCAACCUCAUGCCAUCCCCACACCACCUGUCUCUUUCCCUCCUUUCGACUCAUCUGACAAGCGACCUUUGGCUGGAAUCAAGGUCCUUGAGAUGACACGCGUCAUCGCCGGUCCUCAAAUCGGUGCUAUUCUAUCUAGUUUCGGCGCCGAUGUCAUCCGCGUCAACCCCCCUCAUCUUCCCGACAUCAACAUCAUGCAGCUUACUCUCAACGCUGGCAAGCGCACCAUCGCUAUUGAUCUGCGCAAGCCCGAAGAUGCAGCAAUCAUCAAGUAUCUCCUCGCCGAGGCAGACGUUUUCAUCCAGGGUUUCCGCAUGAACAAGAUGCCCAAGUUUGGUCUUGGCUUGAACGAUAUCCUCAAGAUGGCCGGUGAGCGCGGUCGUGGUAUUGUCCAUGUCUCCGAGAACUGCUAUGGUCCUGAUGGGUAUUACGCUGAGCGCCCAGGCUGGCAGCAAAUUGCCGACGCAGCUGCUGGUUCUGCCUACGUCACUGGACAAUCCCUUAACUUGCCCAACAACGAGGCUGUUCUCCCCUCGCUCCCUAUCAGCGACAUGUCCACUGGUGUUCUGGGCGCGGUAGGCACUCUGAUUGCCCUACGCGAUCGCGCCACCAAGGGCGGAAGCUACGCCGUGCACGCAUCACUCGUUGCUGUGAACGCUUUUGCUCUGCGCCCUGACAUCGGUUUAUACUCGCCUGAGACCGUCGCCGAGUGUGCUAAGCGUUUCCAAUGGGCUGAGAUGAGAGGGUCUCACCAUGUUCUCGAUCUUCUGAUGACAGUGUGGGAUGGCUGGAAGAGAGUUCUUGGAGAUGCUUUGGCAGAGGAUGGUGGCUGGUAUCAGAGUUUCGAGGGAAGCGCAUUCGAUGGAAAGAAGUUAAGUAUUCUAAAGCCUGUCGUGAGUAUGAGUGAUGCAGAAGUGUCACCUCAUUGGAAGACGCCUAGUGUGCCUUAUGCUUAUGAGAAGGCUCAAGGGAUAAAGUUCUUGUGCAUGAAUAAUAUUGUUAGUAGUUAG